AUGAGCCUUGUUCGCGAAGUCCUUCUGACACGUUUAGAUGUCACUUCCCGGGCUGCAACGCGAACUAUCGGCGGAGGGAGCACUUGCGCCGCCAUGAAACAAAACACUCCCGACAGCAAGCUUUCCCGUGUUCAAUUUGUGGUAGCCAUUUUGGGAGAAGGUCGCGCCAGACGGGCCUGCAAGAGUUGUCAUACCGGGAAAUCUCGUUGCGAAGGAGGCGUGCCAUGUGAUGAAUGUCUUCGCCGCGGAAUCCAGUGUCUCUUCGACGAUAAUGAUACGAUAGAAACGAAACGCCCUGCAUCCUCCGACCUUGCGUCCAGUCCGGGCCAGGGUCGAGUGCAAUCAACUCACUUUGAGAAGAAGGAACAGUACAUUGGUCUUUAUUUCAAGAAAUUUCACCGAUUCUGGCCGUUUAUUCAUAGAGGAUCAUUCAAUAUACAUCGUGAAACGCCCCUGCUCCUUCAAUCAAUGACUGUCCUAGGUCUUUGGUGUAGUGGAGAACAGCCUUCACGAUCGGCAGCGGUCGAGCUCCAUGAAAAGCUCCACCUGGCUAUUCGUGAUCAAAAGGCGAACUGGGAUGUGUCAGAUAAAGACGAAUUUUCCAGCACCUUGCCCUGGCCUAUUUCUACGUAUCAGGCUAUCCUGCUACAUAUCAUCUUCUCCCUCAUUCUGAGGAGUCGUGAUGCUCUCGAUUUUGAAUUCAAAGUUUCUCUUUCCCCCGCUGACACUGAAUUGCUUGAAGCCCUGGUUCGAAGUUGUCGGAAACGAGGCAUGCUCUUCUAUCCGAAUAUGCUCACCAGGUUUAAAGAGGUGGGACUGGCUUCAUUUGCCUGGGUGUGCACAGAGGAAGUCAAACGAUUCAAUUUGGCCCUGUACAAGGCUUGUGGGAAACUGAGCUCCACCCAGUCUAACAAUGGAAGCCAUAAUAGCCCUGAUUCAAGUGAUUCCUUGCUCUCUGCAGGUGACCUUCAAUUUCCCCUGCCAAAAAAUGAUGUUUUGUGGAAUGCCCUUGGUAAAUCCGAAUGGCUUGUUCUUGUGCAAGAUGAAACCACCCUUUGCGUGGAUGACAAUUGCCAGGAGCCUUGGAUUUCGAGCAUGGCCGGGGUGUUUGAAUGCCUCAGGCUGUGA